GGGGUGGUGGUGGUGGUGGUGGGGGGGGGAAGGAGAGAGCGGGAUGAGCGUGAUGUCGGGGAAACGAUGCAGCUCGCGGGAGCGAUCGGGUACACAGUGCGUGGACAUGGGCUUGCAUCCACUUAAUGCAAUCAGCCGGGUUCGCCAAGAGCUCACGUUAACAGGGUGGAACAAACUUUUCCAAGGCUGGAAUUGUGUUUCCAGGGAACUGAGAUGAAGACACAAUUACUACGUCUACCUUGCUCCCCAUCUUCGUACAAAUAACUACUCGAUAUCAUUCUUCUACGGUUUUACAUUUUUGGCAAAAAUGUGUUUUUCAUUAUCAGUUUUUUUUAAUUACUGUUAAGUAUUUAAAAAAAGAUCUAAUGUAACUAUAAUCAUGAAAUCGAAUAUCUAUAUUUUUUGAAAAUAAGCCACUCAUCUAUUUUUUAUCACAUUAACAUAUUUUACAUCUACUUAUAAAGUGCAAUUUUCUAAAAAAAAAAAGCCUUCUGGCACGUCCGCAUUUAAUUUUGGAAAUAUAUAAUUUUUUUACAUUUCAGUAACUUGUGAAGAAAUUUAAAGUAGACUUACAGAGCCGUGUAUUAUCACAUUCACAAAAGUAAUUACCACUUGUCUGCGUGAAUACGCAGAACAGCAACCACCACAAACCACACUACUCCACGGAAUAUCGCGCAAAUCCGAAAACAACCCGUCGCUGAUCCUGAGCGACGGCGGCCUCACCAUGACGCCCCAUGGAUCAGCGAGGCCACCGUCGCUUCGGAAGCCGAGACAGCAGCGUAGAAGGACUCCCCUCUCCAUGGCGGUCACGCUCAUCGCCUUGCUGGCGUUGCACGCCGCGUCGGGGGCCCCGCAGGCCCCAUCGCCGUCGCAGGGCUCCCCGGCCGCCCAGCCGGGCCCCGCGGCGCUGGUGGCCACCACCCUGCGCUACUCCGUGCCGGAGGAGAGCGCGCCGGGCACGCUGGUCGGCCGCGCAGCCUUCGACCUGGGCCUCCCGGGCCCCGCCGACCUCCGCUCGCGCAACUUCCGCGCACUGCCCUCGGGCAACGGCACUGCGUACGUGACGGCCAGCGAGCAGAGCGGGGAGCUGCGGCUCAGUGGCAAGCGGCUCGACCGGGAGGAGAUCUGCCGACACGGGGGCGGCGGAGGUGGUGGUGGUGGAGUAGGUGCCGGACAUUUUGUUGGCGGGGGAGGCGCCGGUGGCGGCAUCUCCUCGAUGGCGGGGUCAGGGCGUGCGGGAGGUUCCGACGGAGACACGGACGCCUGCGUGCUGUCCCUGGAGCUCAUGCUGGACUCGCCGCCGCUGCUGGCGCGGGUGUUCGUCAGCGUCCUCGACGUCAACGACCACGCACCCAGUUUCGCCGAGUCGCUCGUCUCGUUGGAGGUGCCGGAGAGCGCCGCCGUGGGGACUCGACUGCCCCUGCCGCCCGCCAGCGACCCGGACUCGGGCUCCAAUGGACUCCAGCGCUACGAGCUGGUGCCAGACGGAGACGGUGGCGGCGGCGUCGACGGAGAGAGAGACGACGCGUUCGUCCUGCGUCUCGAGGCUGGAGGUGUGGUGAGCAACGGCCUGGUGGUGUGGCUCUGGGGCGCCACUGCCGGUACCGGUGGUAGCGCUGGUCCUGGCGGUGCUGCUGCUGUUGGUGGUGGGGGCGGUGGCGGGCCCGGUGGCAUCAACGGCGUUGGUGGGGGCGGUGGAGAAGGCGGAGGAAUCCCGCAGUCGCCCGAGCUGGUGCUGGCGCGAGCCCUGGACCGAGAGACGCGCGCGCGCCACUCGUUCGUGCUGCGUGCGUGGGACGGGGGCAGCCCCCCGCGGUGGGGGGCGGCGCGUGUCACCGUCACCAUCACCGACGUCAACGACCACGUCCCACGAUUCGAGCGCAGCGAGUACCUGGCGCGCGUGCGCGAGGGCGGCCCGGCUGGACAGGGCUGGCCACGAGGAGGCCCCCUCGUCGUGCUGCGUGCACGUGACCCCGACGAGGGUGCCAACGGGGAGGUUCGCUACUCGCUGGGCGACCACGUCUCCGACGAUAUCCGCCACCUCUUCGCCGUCGACCCCACGAGCGGCCACGUCACCUUACGAGCUCCUCUGGACUACGAGACGGCGACGUCGUACGAGUUCUCGGUGCAGGCGCGGGACCUGGGCGUGCACAGCGUCCCCGCCCAUGCGCGCGUCCUCGUCAGAGUGCUCGACGUCAACGACAACGCGCCCAGCAUCGAGAUCAUGCCUCUGGCUCGCAGCACGGGCCCAGGGGAGCCGGUUUCGGUGUCGGAGGGGGCGCCGCCCGGCACGCUGCUCGCGCUCAUUCGCGCCACCGACCGCGACUCGGGCCCCAACGGGCAGGUGACGUGCACCCUCGCCGACACCGCCCCCCCACUCUUCUCCUCCUCUUCGUCAUCGCCAACGACGGUCAUGACGGCGGCGACGAUGCCGAUGCGGCUCCCGUUUGAGCUGCGCCCGUCAGGCGACGACUGGACGCUGGUCACCUCUGGGCCGCUUGACCGCGAGAGCCUCGUAGGCCUCGCCACUGGCUCCGCCGCUGCCGCCACCGGUGCCGGCACCGGUGGACCGUACCACCACCACCAGCACCACCAGCAGCAGCUGCAGCAGCAGCAGCAGCAGCCGCCGCUGCACACGCCGGCGCUCAUCAACCUCACGGUGGUGGCGACGGACGGCGGCGAUCCGCCGUUGUCAUCCACCGCGACCUUUUCGGUACGCCUCGCCGACGUCAACGACAAUGCCCCGCGCUUCUCGCGCCCCUCUUACGUGUUCCGCGUUGGCGAGAACAACAUCCCCGGCGCCUACCUGGGCUCGGUGAGCGCCAGCGAUCCCGACGAGGGCGCCAACGCGGCCGUCUCCUACUCGCUGGUGGAGGCCACGCUGGACGGCAUGCCGGCCUUCACCUACGUGUCCGUGAACCCGGCGAGCGGCGCGGUGUAUGCGCUGCGCAGCUUCGACCGCGGCCGCCGCCGCCGGCUGCUGUUCGGCGUGGCGGCGAGCGACGGAGGUCACCCGCGGCUCUCGGCCACCGCCGCCGUCACCGUGCUCGUGGUGGGCGACGGUGCCGUCGACGACGGCGGUGACCGCGCGGCGCCCGAGUUCGUGUCGCCCGACAUGGGCGCCAACCGCAGCGCCGUGGUGAGCGCGCGGGCAGGGCUGCCCGCGGGUUCGCUUGUCCUGCGCCUGCGCGCCCGCGAUCCCGACGGCUUCGACGACGUUGACGGCGUGGACGAAAGCGUCGCCGGGGCAGGGGCCGGCGGAGGCGAGGGGGGCGCCUCCGACGUCGUGGGCACCAGCUCGGGGCUGCGCUACGCCAUCGCGGCGGGGAACGAGGCGCGCUGGUUCCGCGUGGACCCUCGCCUGGGCGACGUGAGGGCGGCGCGCGACCUCCCGCGUCGCGCCGCGCGGUUCCGCCUCCUCGUCACUGCCACGGACUGCGGCGCCGGCUGCGACGCCGCCUCCACCUCUGCCGCCGCUGUCUCCGACUCCUCGGCGCCCGCGGUGACGUCCACGGCCACCGUGACCGUGCUCGUGUCCGACCCCGAGGCAGGGCCUGACGCUGGAGUAGGCGACGCUGGCGGAGAGGGCGACCACCGGAUUUAUGAAGACGGCGGUGGCGUCGGCGUCGGCAUCGGUGGUGUUGGCGGCGCCGGCGCCGGCGGUCGGGGCGGCACCGGCGACGACGAUGGGGGCAGGGCCUUCGCCACGUCAUUUGUGAUCAUCGCGGCGCUGGGCGCGGUGUCGUUCGCGCUGCUCAUGGCGAUGGUGGCCAUCGCGCUGCGCUGCAAGCACCACAAGGCGCGGCCGCCCGCGGACGGACACAGCAAGCGCGAGAGGAGGCGCGAGCGGAGGCGGGAGCGUGAGCGGAGGCGCGAGCGGGAGAGGGACGUCGGGGCGUGUGAGAAGCCCGUCACGCCACCACUGGGACGAGAGCCCAGUGUGUACCGCUCGCUACUACCGUCGGAGCUGACCAUGACGCGGCAGGCGGACGAGGCCACCGUCCCGUGCAAGGACGUGGAGGAGGAGGGCGGCGGCGGCGGCGGCGGCGGCAGUGGAGGAGGAGGAGGCGCCGGCGGGGGCACGGGGGGGCCAGGCGCGGGCGAGCGCAGGGCCUCCGUCUACGCCGUCCGCACCGACGGCGCCGCGUGCGGGAGCCGCCAGCCGGACCUCCUGCCUGUGGGACCUGAGCAAGCGAGGACUCACAAGUACCUGGACCCAGGGGCUUUGGGGGCCCGAAAUCCUCCACGCAGCGAGGCAGACAGGCUGAGCUUCAAGGACAGCGGACACGGGGACAGCGACACGGGCGCGGACAGUGACGCGGACACGGCACGGGGGUCGCUCAGCGAAGCCGACGGCCCCACGCACGGCCCGCCCUGCACACACGGGCCACACGAAAAAGUCGGUGUCCGCUGCACGGAUGAGUGCCGCGUCAUGGGCCACUCGGACUCGUGCUGGAUGCCCCACGACGAGCACCUCCACCACCACCUCCACCACCAACACCACCUUCACCACCGGCAGCAGCAACAGCAGCAACAACAGCACAGCCACCAGCCGCCCGACCAACACCAUCACCACCACCUUCACCAGCAGCAGCAGCAGCCACAGCCUGAGGUUCCCAAGACCGUGGGAGUACGAACCCGCGCGCCAGAGGAGCCGGCAGAAAAGUCUGGCGUUGAGCGAGUGCCGUUGGCCCAAUCACGUGGCCCCUUCUCCACCUUUGGCAAGAGCCUGGGGGCCUUCUCUUCAUCGUCAUCAUCGGCGUCAUCCUCAGCGUCGUCCUCCUCUUCGUCCUCGUCCUCCUCGUCCAUCUCGUCGGCCUCGGCGGGCAAGCCUCCGGAGAGCCUCUCGCUCAAAGAUUUUAAAACAUCCAAGCUGGCGCCGUUGUCUGUCGGGCAGCCCCUGGCAACGUCGAAAUCCCUCGCUAAGCAGCCCGUGUCUUCUCCUCCGUCAUCGUUAUCUUCGUCGUCGUCGUCAAGUCAAGCCGGGGAUCAAGGUGGGGGGAUGAAGGCCUCGGCCUACGAGGCCAAGCAUCCACGGCCACCUCCGGGCACUGGCCGGGGCUGCGCCGAGACAGAGUUCACGGUGCCGUUCAGCCGCGACGUCGAUUAUGACGAAGCCGAUUUUGGUGGUGGCGGCGGUGGUGACAGCGGCAUACGCUAUGAGCGAGGUGCACCACUACCGCCCUGCACCGCACCCUGCUGUGCCGGCCCCGACGCGGGGACGACUGCCAAGUCCCCCGACAACAGCCUUGGUGCCACCCGGCCAGUCCUCAGGCCCGGUCCUUACCCUGGCCCUGACCCCGGCAUUGACGCCGACGCGGGCACCCCAUACCCAUUGGAGGGCACCGAGCCCGGGCACACGCGGUUCGACCCCAACCCUAAUGCCAACCCAAAAGCUUACCGGCCCAAUGUCAGCACUAACCCGGGAAGGCUUCACCCAAAUUCUAACCCCCACUGUAACCCCGGUGCAAAUCUCAGCAACCCAAGCACUGCAUUUACUAACCCCAGUGCUGCCCCGAACCCACACUCUAACCCCGUGUCCAACCCCCAGGCCAACACCAACGUGAGCCUCUGCAGGCCUCCUGGGGUCGCAAGGCCCCAGGGAGGCCUCAUGAAACCACGCCCCCACCCGAGGCAGGGCCACACCAAGGGCCUCUUCAAGGCCGGGCCUCGGCCUCAGGCCUGCUGCUCGCCCAGUCCGGCUACCGGGGGGCCCCCUCGCAGGCUACCUACAAUCCCUGAGCCCCUGCACGCAGAGACGGAUGAGACGGAGCUCGGGUAGAUGGGGCCAGGGUAAGAGGGUGUGUAUGGGUGACCGGCUUAAUGUAUGGUAGGACAAAUGACUGACAGACAGACAGAUGGACAGACGGACAAAUGGAUGGAUGGACGGCUUAAACAUAUGGAUGGUUAAGAUUACAACGGGUGGAUGGAUGCACAGCCGACAGAUAGUUGGCAGAUACUAAAAAUGUGGUUGGAAGGCCAAGGGAGGGAUGAGUCGUGAAUAGUUGGCAAAGACUAAAAAAAGAUGAACGGACAGAUGGAUGGCGACAAUUGAUGUCUCGGCAGCUAAGGCUACGGUUAGGACUAAGAAGUAUGGAUGGACGCACAGAUAGGCACACGGAUGGGUUAACAGUUUACACGAGGACGAACACAUGAACGGAGGGCAAGGUCUAAGAAAGAUGGACAAAUUUAUGGCCAAAAUAGGCAGGCAGACUGCUAAGACUGAUGGUUAGCCAAGACUUAAAAAGUCGGAGAGUCAAACAGAUGGCUAAGAUGGAUAAAUCACUAAGGAUCAGUGGUUAGGAUGGAUUAACAGAUGGCAGACAGAGCACUAAUGACAAAGAGAGAGUCAGCUAAGACUUAAAUAAAUGGAUUUACACUUAAGGAGGAGACACAGCUCAGAUUAGAAGGACGGACUGACAAACGAAUGGCUGAGCCAGCCUUGGACACACGACGGGACGACAGACAGCUGGCGAGCAAACAACAGCACACACAAGUGAACGGUUGUGCACGCAUGGUUCGUCAAACUCGUGCAGGUAGGGAGAACGGGAUUCGAAAUCAGGGUAUCAGCGGUGCCAACUCGAUGGCACUGCCACAGAGAGUUUAAGCACCACUCCCAUCAUUAAGCAACACCCCAACUUCUUCCGCUGAGCAACUUAUAGACAGACAGACAGGCGUACAGACGAGACAGACAGACGUAGCAGAGAGUACGCACACAUAUUCAUGCACGCACCCAAGCGUGCACGUUCGCACACAUCUAUUAUGUGACGUCUGUGUUUAGAUUAUUAUUCAAGUGAUCUUAAAAUAGUGAAUAUGAUGUUUACACUCAUAGACGUUUAUGUCACUUUGAUAACCCCGCUGCGCACACUCCAUUCAAGGGAGGGCGGCUGUUGUGCCCUGAGUGGACACUGCGGUUGGAGUUGGAUACCUGUUCAAGUUAGCUGAAGGUUUGGUUCACGCUCACAAAACUCCCACCGCCCCCCCCCCCCUCUCUGCAGUUGAGGUGUGGAUUCCGCAAGACGAAAAUUACGUUUUACCUUCUGUUUCUUUGCCCUUAACUGAAAUCAAUACUCACACAGCUCUUGACAAUAGCAUGCCAACAUAGCUCUUAAUAACAAUAGCACCACCAACAUGGCUCUUAAUAACAAUAGCACCACCAACAUAGCUCUUAAUAACAAUAGCAAACCAACAUGGCUCUUAAUAACAAUAGCACAGCAACAUGGUCCCUAACCAUAGCAGACCAACAUGGCUGCCUAUAAUAGCACACCCACGUGGCUCUUAAUAACAAUAGCAAACCAACAUGGCUCUUAACAACAAUAGCAUAGCAACAUGGCUCCUAACAAUAGCAGACCAACAUGGCUCCUAACAAUAGCACACCCACGUGGCACUUAAUAACAAUAGCAAACCAACAUGGCUCUUAACAACAAUAGCAUAGCAACAUGGCUCCUAACAAUAGCAGACCAACAUGGCUCCUAACAAUAGCACACCCACGUAGCUCUUAAUAACAAUAGCAAACCAACAUGGCUCUUAACAACAAUAGCAUAGCAACAUGGCUCCUAACAAUAGCAGACCAACAUGGCUCCUAACAAUAGCACACCCACGUGGCUCUUUAUAGCAAUGGCACAGCAACACGGCUCUUAAUAACAAUAGCACGCCAACAUGACUCUUACAAUAGCACGCCAACAUGGCUUCGAACAUCAACGCCAUAAUUUUGAUGCGAACGGUUAUGAGCCUUAAUUAGUUUUAGAGUUUUACAAAUAUAGUUAUCUUUGGACCUGGGGAAAACCUUUGGUUAUUUAUAUCAGUCGCCAAUGGUAAUUUGUGAUUGCACUUCAUAUUGUUCUCGAAAAAAAAGAUAUAUUAUAUACGUGCAAUUAAAUUUAUUUUUUUGCUGGGUUUGGGGCAGAGAUGAGUUGAGUGUUCUGCGGGAGAGACUGUGAGCGGUGGCAGCAGCGGUGUUGGUGGUGGCAACCCCUUUAACCCUCUUAUACCUCCCGGUUCCUCGACCCAAGACCCGAAUAUCAGAUCAAACGAGACAAAGAUGGUCUCUCUCUCUCCGUAACGCACACGUGCAAAACAUUCCCAUCGACCGCGCUAAUAAGUAAUCUCAACGUGUUCCGACCCCUAAAAUAAUGGACGCGGAACCGAAGUGUCAAGACAAGGGGGCGUUUGGAUGCGUCCCGCUGUGCAGGGUUUUAAACGUCGACAGGGGCUUCAUUUCUCGUUGAAUAUUUUCCGGGCCGUUGGUAGACUAGAGUGGUCCUUGGGACGGAACGAGUAGAAAUGGGUGGUGGCAACGGUUUGUACGAAGGCCUAAGUGAGGUAUACUGGAUGUGGUUUUGCCAGAUAUGAAAAUAUUUGUCCGGGUCGCUGACCCCGAUGGAAAUGAAGCCCCGAGUGACGGUGUUCUCCGGUGGUGAGCGUUCCUGUGUGAGUGAGUUUGCCGUCUUGUUCUUGUAUAUCCGUACGCGUCACGAACCUGCGCUCCUUCUCCCUCUUUCAUCCUCCUUCAUUCCCUGAGUCAUCGUUCGGACCAAUUUCCUACAAAUAGUUUCCUCGUUACAACUAUGCGUUCUUUUCUGUUUGUUUUUGGUUCCCCACUCCCGCUUUCCCGCCCUGCCUUGAGCUGCAGUCUGCGGUGCCGCAGAGCAUCCGUAUGUAGCUUGCCGGGUUUCCGAAAAGCGUUUUUCCUUCAAUGCGUUUGGUGAAAACCAUGACAGGAAAGAGACCAAUGACAAAACAAUGCAAUUUUGUUCCAUAGUUGGUUGGCGUUGGGCAUGUAACAAUCCAUUAAUGAGUUCAACUUAAAAACAAAAAUACGAUUCCCAUGGUCACGAUACAUAUUGUUAUCGAACCUGUGCAAGCGUUAAUCGAUUAUUUUUUGUGCUUUAUGCAAAUCUCAUUCCGAUGUCACAAAUGAGACUAAACAAAUGAAAAAUAGAUAUUUUUUUAAACAAACCAAAAAAAGUAUCAAUUCUCGAAUCGAACCACGACCAUGAAUUGUUGGGGUGAAUUGUUACAUGCCUGCUCGGAAUUUGUCCCAAGACGCCAAUGAAGCCGAACAGAAUAUUGGUCCCUUCCUGCUGAAAUACAAUCUAAAUAAUAGGGAAAAGAAACCACCUCCUUCUGGAACUCCUUGAGCAGGGAAGUCUCGUGACGUGAUCAAAUUGGCUUCUGUCGUCCAACACGAGAUGGGUGCGCCUUCGGGCUCUGUAGAAGGGCUGCGCAUGUCAGUCGGCCAAACUCCACGCGUACAAAUUGUGUCGCUCGCAGCUGGGAUGAGCGGCAUUCAGUAGAACGCCACAUUUUUACGACAGUUUUGUUGUUGUGGUGUGGAGCCAUUGGUGACUAGUCUAACGCAUGCCGUACAACUUGCAAAUCUCGUGGAAUCAUUGGGUGACCGGAACCUGGGGCCCGAGUACCGAACGGCUUACGCAAAUCCUGCACUUGUGCAUUGUGUGUAGGCCACAAUUUGCCACAUUUCCGACCCCCCUUAUGGGGUUUACACAAAGUUAGGAGCGCACAUUUACGAGAGGUCCAGCGAGUGAUGCGGAACAAACUCAAUUCCGCCAUUCACGUCCACACACGCUUGCACUCUCACAAACACACGCACACAGACACUAUCACAAAUUCACACAGACACACUAUAACAGACACUCGCACGCAAGCAUACACACAAACACGCACAGCAUAGACACAUACUGUCACAAAUAUAUAAAUAAAAAAUAUCCCCAUAUAGCCUUUUAACCGACUGUUAGCGAGCACCUUAUUAGCUAUGAAGGCCGACACGGCAGACGAUAAAUACAAACACAUAAAAUGCAAUCUCUCACACGCACAUAAAUGCAUUCCAACGCAAAGUAAUACGCUCGAUCACUCAUAAAAAAACAUGAUUAACUUACAGCUUGCCACAGACAGGAGCCUUGAUGUCUUCACGAUGCCCAUGUUUCACAGGGACUUGAUGCAACGAUGACAGCCACGUUGCACCAGGAUUUACUUUCCUUUGCAGCUGAUUGGCUGGUGGAGUGGCAGUUAUGACGUAAUUCUAGCAACCACUGUGUGGCAGUGACUUGCACAAAUGCUCCGGGGGGGUUUCCCACUUUGCGAUUUCGGAGCUUAACACAAAUCGCUUCCUGGUAUGAUUUGCACAGUUUAUUCUGUACUCGGCGCCUCUGGAUUCGAACUCAGGAGUUCAGCAGUGCUGGCUCAGUGCUCUAAAACGGCCUUAGCCGCUAUUUUAUAUAUAUUAAAAAAAAUGUUGAUUACACAAUAAAGUUACCUAUACUGGUGGCGAAAUGCGUGUAACCAUAGUUUAAUAAAAGGUGAUUCUUUUACUUUAUACAUUAAUACAUAGUACGUUAUUUGAAUAUGAAAAAAAGGUCAAAUUGUAACUUAAAUUUGCCAGCGUGAAGGAGUGCCAGAUGGAUGCGGGAGUAAGAAAGUCGCGUGAUUGUAGAGACACCGAUGAAAGCGAGUCCUGCGGUGCCUCUUUCAGGACCGUUCCCCGCGGCCUGGCAGUGGGAGGCUCUUCCAACUAUCGCAGACAGCAGUUUCUACCAGUGGCAGUCUCUUGCUCCAGAUCGAGGCCACAACAUCCAUCUCGGGUUUUCCAGUCUCAGAUGACAAUACGUGCACGUGGACUAAUUGAUAUUUGAAGCACAGGCAGCGUGCGGUGACAAUGAUGAUGCUGCUGUACCAGUGCAGGGCCCCUACCAGACCAGGUUCUCCUGGGAAUCUGUGUAGGCUGCGUUCGCCCAUCUGCUGGAGAAAGCGUGGAAGAUGAAGCUAAUGCCAGCUCACUUGAGUUUCUCAGUUGGUCUCUACGUGAGUCUAAGGGCCUCUGUGCUAGCUAUGUGAGUGAGUCUGUACGUCUCUAGCACUGAUGAUGAAACCGAAGGCAGUGCAUUUCAGUUUCUCAUUGGAUUCGUGUAUUAAUCUGUGGGUCUCUAUUUAAGUCUAUGGGACUCUGUGCAAGUCUAUAGCUGCUUGAGUCAAUGGGGUCUCUAUAUAGCACUGGUGAUGAUGCCACUGCCAGCUCGUACCAGUUUCUUUAUUAAUCUACCUGCACGCAUUAUGACUCGAGACUGGAAAGCCCGAGGCAGACUUACUUUGUUGCCUCAACUACACGUGGUAUAACCGCAGGAAGAAAACGAGUCCCAAAAAAUAAAGAGUAUGGAGAAUCCUACAGGUGACGCCUCAAUGAUUCCAUAAAUUACGGUGCGGUACAAACACAAUAUGAUGGACAAUGGGAACUCGAGAAACAUCCAUCACACCUCUCUGUUAGUUUUUUCUUAAUUUGUACAGAUGGCAGCAGUGGUAGAGUAAUUAGAAAUGCACAUAGCAGUAAUGAUCAGAAUUAGAGAGUAGCGGAUAACAUUUCCAUUGUUUUAAUUCGUAAUCCCCAAUGUGAUUCAUCUUAGCGUGGUUUUGUUUGAAUGAUGAAUCACGAGUUGAUGCGAGUAUUGUGAGACUACAGGCAAGCAAUCGAGUAAGGAAUUGGACUAAAGAAGGAGUGAGCCUGAACCAUAAAAAUACAAUCGGUUAUUCGUAUAGCAUCUAGAUACAACCUCAGCUCAAGAUGCUGCACAUAAUCAAUAAGUAUAUUUAUGUUAAAGAGAAACAUGCAGCAACUCAUCAGCAGAUGGACAAAAAGCAGGGCCUUGAGCCUGGAAAUAUAAAAAAAGGCACGAGGACAGCUCUGAUGGCUGGGGGAAGGAAGUUCCGGAUUAUGGGAGUAGCAGAGGAGAAAUAUCAAUCUCUCGCCGUGUGAAGCUUGACCGAGGGAUUCGCCGAAUAGCCUUGGUUGUUUUAGGAAAGUAUCACUGUCCGCUGCUUCACAGGCGUGUAUCACUGCCGCUGCCGUUAAAUUAUCGCCCCCUUGCCACCAUUUGUCCUAUUGUAGCGGAACUCUUGGGGAAGUGGCGGAGGAUGUUUCAGGAUUUCCCAAAGGCCACGGUUUUGCAAAAAAAACGUCCUAAGUACCGUAUAACCUUUCGUGGUGACUCCCUCAAAUAAACAUUUCCAACAACAAAAACGCUUUACGGAAACCUGGCCAUAGACCAAUCGUGGCCUCUGCACAAUGAAUAAGCUGUGCACAGCCUAAUAAUGGUGCUACUGGGAGUCUUCCCACUUUAGAUGCGGACACGACUCAGACAAUGGAUUCGUUUAGGAAACACAAGAGCUGCCGAUCGACGUUCCCCCGAUUGCGAACGUAUAUCGAGGAGACCCCAGAUCGACAGCUAUCAGAAUCCCAGACUGCUUUGCACCUCGUGUGGCUGCACGCUUGAGCCGAGGACUUUUCAUUCGGUGGGAUCCGCGGGACUGCCCGGCUCGGCUAUCUAACCCGAGCGGAGGGUAGCUUUUGUUCCGAUUUGAGCCAGCACCCACAGGCGAAAGGUGGUGAGGGCUGGGCUAAGCCCCCCCCCACCCCACCUCAAUAAUAUUUACCGGCUUUUGCAUUUAAACACAGCCUAUAGAAGAAAACCCUCUGAAAGCUAUACUCGUCAAGAGAGCGCGAAGGUCACCACUAGCAGAGAGAGAGAGAGCACGUAGUUGGUACUGGGCACGGCAACCCCGUGCCCUUGGGCUGCUCCGUCUACCGUGCUGCAUGUCUGCGAGUGGCAACCUUGUGCGCUCGUUUUUAGACAAUUGCAAGAGCAACAAAAUGAUGUCCGGAUUUUGUCUUGAAAUAAUGUGAGCCACCGCUGAGAUUCUGGGCUCAAUUAUCAGACUCCUCAUUGGCAUGGUGUGACCCAGAUUGUCUUCUGUAGCGAGUUUCAUAACCUCAGCCAGGAUAAUAUACAAUUAAUAUGUAUUUAGGCACUUUACAAAUUCAAAAAUGUAUUGUACAACACUUGCAUUGUAUUGUGUCACAAAAUUGAAAUUAUAUUAAACUCAUGUAUUUAAUUCAGUUUGGAAUGAGAGUCUUGGACUCGAACCCAAGUGCUCAAACCGUGAGGAUGGAUACUCACCGACCGAGGACUUGAACCCACAAACUCGGUGAUAUUCGUUGCAUUUAUUCACACGGCCAUAACGAAACCAGGCACUCGACACCAGAAUCUCAGUGGUGCCAGACCACUGUACUGGCACGACCAUUAUGAAACAUCCAGUACCCGGGGUUCAAACCCAGGACCUUGGUGGUGCCAGGCUCCCCGCGGCUCCCGGGCACACCGCAUCACCCUCGUUGUGAAAGUUCUCGCCGCAGUGAAUAAUUUAUUUUUUCGCAAAAGUAGAACUUUUUUUCCGCCAAAAUUUCAGUCGUGUGGUUGUUUACUCCGUGUCACGUUUAAACUUCACACAUUCCCGUGAGUCUUAGAUUUAAACUAUGAUAAUUAUGGUAAGCGUUUAAAAGAUGUUAGAAGUAAAAAAAAGAAAUGCUAUACUAUAACUGGGUGUUAAUAUUUAUUUAAUUAUUUAUUUUUUUAUAAGCUGGGCCAGCCACUCCAUUACUUGAGCCUCUGUGUAAAAAAUAUAUAUGGCGUGGGCCACCACUUGUUUGGCAUUUGUUGAAGUCACAAUCAAAACGUAUGUAACUGCUGUAAAUUCGACCGACUAGACACCCUGUGAAGGCGAGUUCUCAUUGCAAAUUUUGUUGUUGUUGUUGUUGUAAAAACUGGUGGGGGGCGGGUUUUUUUAAACCUACAUUUUUAAUGUUGAAAUCGCGACAUGAAAAUUGCAUUUAAAAAAGGGGGGGGGGGGCGGGUAGAGUCCAGUUUUAAAAAAAAAUUGUGUGCGUUUUAUUUGUGCGGAUGAACGCUACCGGUUGUCUGUGUUUAUCGACAAACGGGGGCAAAUUGCCAAGCCUCUUCAUCAAGAUGUUCAUCUCGCUUUCAGCGGUCAAGCAAAUGAGGCUGUGCCCGUCUCCCUGUUCAAGCGACCGCAUCAGAGCCUUGGGGAGUUGGCCACUGUGAGCCGCCAGUGUGAAUGAAAGGGAGCCAAAUUCUGAAUUGUAGAGAAAUGUUACAAAAUCUCGAAAAGGCAUAUCGAACCUAAAGUAGGCUCUCACGUGGUUGAAUCAAGGAAGGUAAUUUAAAAUUGUCUUUAGCAAAAAAAAUAUAAAAAUUCAUCAGUAUUUACCGUCUCUGCGUACCAAUAUUCGUCACGGUCUCCACCGCCCCCCCCCCCUUCAAAAAUGAAUCAUUAAUCUCAAAGAUAUAUAUCACCUGGAUAAAUAUAGGCAUUGAAAUUCAUUAUGAUGAAUACAGAUUCCUAUAUCGAUAGCUGCCUGCGUGCCACAGAGGCAUGUACUGAUGACUCAUUGAUCAAAAUAAAAUUUUAUCAUCACAGUACAUGCCGAGUCAUGCAUCCAAGAAUCAAUAAUUUAUAAAGCAUGCAAAUCAUAUAAUGUUAUAAUUAUAUGAUGUUUGCUUUCGGCCAUUGGGGACAUUGCAUGAGGGUUGUCCAGGAAAAAAAAAACAUGAGAACCCACGAAAAGCAUAUACAGUGUGCGUAUUGUGAAGAUAAUCCAUGCUGGUGCUUCGUUGAGAUCGUUUCCGCCCCCUCUAGUUGAUUUUUUAUUUGCAUAGUCUCAACGGAGAUGGCCGCACCUAUGAACUUAAACGCACCCUACUCUCAGCACAAAAAGCCCUGAUUUCUGGACAACGAGACGCUGGGGGUUGUCAAGUAUUUUCCAGGGCAGUCCUCAAUUGAGACAAAUAAACAAGACCGAACAAAGGAGACGGAGCAAUACAUCGUCGUGAUAAUUCUUUGAAUCGCACAGAGGUGGGGGGUGGCGGUCAAGCGUUACAUGUAUAGCAUUAACAUUUCUCCAUGUCGCAUUUGUAAAAGAAAUCAAUGAUCACUUGGAUAAAGACCAUUGAAACCGAAGUCGAAUUCAAUUGGGGCACCACGGUGGCGAGAUGUUAACUACCUCGCCUGCUAUGCAGGAGGUCGUGGGCUCGAUCCCGACCCUGACGCCUGCUGUAUAUUCGGAGUUUGCGUGUCUCUCUCCCCGUGGUCGCGUGGAUUUUUCUCCGGCUCCUCUGGUUGUCCCUCCACAAUUAGAAACAUUCGCUUAGAGCAUUUGGAUGUAAUACAUUUCCACGUGGUGAGCCACUUCGUUGAGCCAUCAUUUGUGGCCAGAUCGCGACUGAAAAAGAGCUGUAUAGCUCAGUAGACCUUACCUGGUAAAAUAAAAAAUAUAUUAAGUUGAGUUUUUUAUUGACAUUACAAAACGAUCAUUAUAACUACGAGUAUAACCAGGGCUUAAUUUCUCACUAAAUAUUUCCGGAAUGCUGCCACACUGGCUUGGAGUAUAUAUUAUCAGCGUAAGGCACUACCACUAGAGUACAAGGUACAGAUAUCCAUAAUAAUAUCCUAUAUGAUUGUAUCCUAUAUAUUAAUCCUACAUAAAAGUUUGUUAAAAAAAACGAUGAGAACAAAUAUAAGGAGAGAUGGAUGUGGCGUGGCGGAUGUAAUUCCUGGAAUAGCGUUCCGGAUUGUUUCCGGCUGAAAUGUUAAACACCGAGUAUUGAUAUUGGUAUCCCAGCUUGAAUUAGCAGCCAGGCCAUGUCUCAUUUUGCAGGAGGUGACCAAAUCCUCCUGGCCUCCCAACCUGGUUACAUUAAUUCCAAAUUAAUUGCACUUAACUUGUAAAAUACGAUUACUGUACAAGUACGGGCAGAGUGGCUGCUGUCUCAUUGCCUGUUUGAGCAUGGUCCAGGACUCCCUUGCCAGAGACGAUGAACCAAAAAGCCCCCCCCGCCCCCGCCUCCAGUGUGGUUAAGUAAAGGACAUUGAAUAAAAUUGUAUUGUCGUUUGGACCUAAAGAAAUCGCGCUAUUUUUAAUGUUAUUUAAACAGCUUGCCCCCCCUAAAAAAAAUCUGCAACAAAUGAUGAAAAAAAUUACGUUUUCAAAUAUAUACAUUGUCUAAUGAUGAAUGGAUAUAAGUCUAUAUGGUCAAUGCGUUAUGAGUUCUCUCAUUGACAAAGUCACGAAGUGUCUCCCCUCUGCUCAAACGACUGUGCCGAACAGCACUUCUCUCCAUUCGCAGUUUCUAGGCUAGCAGUGGACAUUUCCACGUUCCCAUGGCACAGGCCAGUCCAUUCCUAGCAUUACCACCGUUCACCUGGUGAUUGGCUGAGUUGACCCAUGGCAUUUACACUUAAGAAUGUCGAAUUCUCACCACUGGCCAAUGGAGAUGAGCACCAAUCCAGCACUCAUUUGAGCAUGGGGGGCACCUUGAGUUUUGCAUUUUAAAAAUGUUAUAAUAAUAAGACGAACUUUAAGAAAUGUUUCAACAAUAAUAAUCAUCAAUAAGGGUUAGAAGUCACUUAUUUUUGUCCGUGCGUGUGCACAGAUACAUCCGUGGCGUAAAGGUGUGAUGACUUCGAUUCCAGGUAGAUUUAUAAUGUGAUUUAACAUCCGUGUAUAUACUAUUUAAAUGUUUAUUAAAGCUACGUUGAGAAACAAGA